AUGGGCCAAGGUUACUCCCUUACAACCCUCUCAGCGGGUUCCGCUGGGAUCGAUGUUCCAGAGUUGUCCGAUCUGAUGUAUGAGAAGUCCAUGGGCGGUGGCAGAUUCAUGAAGAGCAUCCGGGCCAGGCGACAAAAUGGUCUGGUCUUUGUAAAGGUAAUCAUGAAACCUUAUCCUAGCAUGAAGCUGGAGCCUUAUGUCAAAGCCAUACUUAGGGAGCGCAGGUUGCUUGCUGAUGUCCCCAACGCUUUAAGCCAUCAGAGGGUAUUGGAAACCAGCACGGGCGGCUAUCUCGUUCGCCAAUACAUCCACAGUUCUCUUUACGACCGCAUGAGCACUCGCCCUUUUCCGGAGGAUAUUGAAAAGAAAUGGAUUGCUUUCCAGCUACUGUGUGCUCUGCGCGAUUGUCACUCUCUAGACGUGUUCCAUGGGGACAUCAAGACGGAAAAUGUCUUGGUCACCUCGUGGAACUGGCUGUACCUUUCGGAUUUCUCUUCAUCUUUCAAACCGACCUUUCUUCCGGAAGACAAUCCGGCUGACUUCUACUUCUAUUUCGAUACAUCCGGGCGACGGACCUGUUAUCUAGCUCCGGAACGAUUCCUGGAAGCCGGUGAAGAGCCGGGGAACCGGAAUGUCAACUGGGCCAUGGACAUUUUCAGCGCGGGCUGUGUGAUUGCGGAGCUGUUUUUGGAAUCACCUAUCUUCACCUUGAGUCAGAUCUACAAAUAUCGCAAGGGCGAAUACAGCCCGGAGCACAGCCAGUUGAUGAAGGUAGAAGACCCUGAAAUACGAGCCAUGAUUCUCCACAUGAUUCAACUCGAGCCGGAGUCGAGAUACUCGGCGGAAGAGUACCUGAACUUUUGGAAGGCGAAGGCGUUUCCGGAGUAUUUUUACAGCUUCCUUCACCAAUACAUGUCCCUGAUGACUGACCCUUCGUCGGGGAGAGCCCAAGUCGACGGCGAGUCGGCCAGCAGGGGAGAGGCCGACGAUAGGAUCGAGCGGGUCUUUUUUGAUUUUGACAAGAUAUCCUAUUUCCUCGGUACUUCACCCACGCCCGUGAGCCGCCGCUUGGGCCAAUCCACCGCCACCCUCACCGGCAGCACCCUUCCUGUCCAUCUCGACCUCCCCAACGAUGAGAAUCUGACGUCAACAUCUCAGACACAAGCAGAUGAUGGUGUACUGAUCUUUCUGACGCUUGUCGUAUCUAAUCUGCGCAACACUUCUAAGGCGUCGGCUCGAAUCAAAGCCUGUGAUAUUCUUCUGGCCUUUGCUGAAAGAUUAUCAGACGAGGCUAAGCUGGAUCGUAUCCUUCCUUAUAUAAUGAUUCUUCUCAAUGAUCGCACGGAUGCGGUGAAGGUCGCCGCCAUUCGCACAUUGGCACAGCUCCUGGAAAUGGUCCAAGUAGUCUCUCCGGUUAACGCUUACCUCUUCUCGGAAUACAUUUUUCCCAGAAUCCAACCAUUUGUCCCAAGUGCAAAUUCGAACCCUAGCUCUCUGGUCCGCGCCGCCUACGCAUCCUGCAUUGCAUCUCUUGCGCAGUCGUCACUUCGGUUUUUGGAUAUGAUCCAAGCAUUGCGCUCUGAUACCCGCCUGCCUGCUCUGAUUCCAGCAGGCUCCGAACCCAGAUGGACGGAAGAUGCUACAUAUCACAAUCUUUACGACGUAGCGCGAGUCGACCUUCUGGACUAUUUCGAGGCCCACACCAAAGCUCUCUUGACUGACAGUGAUGCAUCUGUUCGCAGAGCCUUUCUUGGAUCGGUCUCCAGCUUAUGCGUGUUCUUCGGCAACGCCAAGACCAAUGAAGUGAUUUUGAGCCACCUGAAUACCUACUUGAAUGACCGCGAUUGGAUCCUGAAAUGCGCUUUCUUCGAGGCGGUGGUUGGUGUGGCGGCGUACGUGGGGAGUACAAGCCUGGAGCAGUACAUCUUACCUUUGAUGCUUCAAUCCAUGGCCGACCCUGAGGAAUUCGUUGUGGAAAGAGUACUUCGAUCCCUGGCUGCGAUGGCUGACCUCGGUCUUUUCCAACGGUCCACGACUUGGGAUUUGCUUCACACCGCAGUCAGAUUUAUGGUACAUCCCAACCUUUGGGUUCGGGAGGCAGCGGUGCUACUGGUCACCAAUUCUACCAAAUACCUAUCUACCGCCGACAGGCUCUGUAUCCUUGCGCCACUCGUGAGGCCUUUCAUCAAACUGAACUUGGUGGAUUUUUCGGAGACCGAGCUGCUCGACGCACUCAAGAAACCGCUUCCACGAAACUUGUAUGAAUUGGCCUUAGUCUGGGCAACAAAGGUCGACAGGGGUGUCUUCUGGAAGUCCGCGGCUUCCGAUGGUCUGUUCAAUCUAGGUGCAUCCGAUGGCUUGCCCUCGCGUAGUGGACAGAAACUCUCAGGCUUUUUAUUGAGUGCGCAACCGCGAAAUGAAGAGGAUGAACAGUGGAUUUCUCGACUGCGGAAUAUUGGGUUGGGCUCCGAAGACGAACAGAAGUUUGUCGCUCUCAGAGAAUACAUCUUGAGAGUAUCACGACAUCACACCAAAAACUCUGAUACGGGAAUAUCUCCUUUGAACAAUGUCGUUGCCUUGACGCAGUACGGGGUCACUCCGCAGACCGUCUUCUUUGACAAGAACCAAAAUGUUAAACCACGCAGAGAUGACCACGCCUUGAGCAGAAACGGCCCUACUGAGCCGAGUAGGCCCGACGAGCGGAGACCGCAUACUAUCACAGAUGCCCUCCUCGACGCUUCAACUACUAUAGACAAUGCACCAAACGGCCGUCGGAAACAUUUACGGUCCAGAAGCCAACUACAACGCGAGUCGGGGGCUCCGCGACAACAUGCCUUGGAUAUCGUCAGGGCCACGGAACACUCUGCUGCGUCGUCGCCGCUAGCAUCAUCGCCAAGCGGUGCGCCUGGUUCUCGGCCUAUGUCGCCGCUUGGCUCAGACGCCGGGCGGAGAGCCUCUGGGGGCCGGGACAGUCCCGGGCAAACCAGUUCUUCUACGCCGACCGAUGCAGAGAAUCCAACGAUCAAGAACCUGGCCACCGGCGUGCAGAGAAAGUCCAGUGCCAUGAGUCUGCUCAACCGCAGGGACUACUCCGCCAAGGCAUAUGCGGAGACGGGUACGAGCUCAGCAAAUGCGUUCGGCAAGGUUGACGUUCCGUCGCAAAGAGAAACCUCCGAGCCACCUACACCUUCUGGUACGCAUGACCAAGAGGCAAACACCCACAAACCCCACCAAUAUCAUGCAAAUCAUUCUUACAACGGCGACGAUCCUGCGAUUCUUAAAAUGCUGGAUUCGGUGUUCGCCGAGAACUAUCCCACGGACCUGUUUGAUCUCGGGCCCUACGUGAAAGAGAUAGACUCCCGGCGACCGAUCAAGAAAGCCAAUGGCAAUGAUAUCAACAAGGUCUGGAAGCCCACAGGGGGUCUCGUCGCGAUUUUCGGGGAACACAGCGGCUGUGUGAACCGAGUGAUUGUCGCCCCAGAUCACGCAUUUUUCGUGACUGGUUCAGACGAUGGCACGGUCAAGAUCUGGGACACAAACCGUCUGGAGAAGAAUCUGACGCCACGGUCUCGCCAAACGUAUCGUCAUUCCACCGAAGCCAAGGUCAAGACACUGGCGUUCGUAGAAAAUACGCACACCUUUGUCAGCGGUGCGACGGACGGAAGCAUCCACGCCGUCCGGGUCGACUACCAUAACGUCAAUGACACCAUUCGGUAUGGGAAGCUCCAGCUCGUGCGAGAGUACCAACUGCCUAUCGCCGAUGAUGGAACCCUUGAAUAUGCGCUAUGGAUGGAGCACUACCGGGUUGAUGCGCAGUCAAUCCUCCUCGUCGCCACCAACACCUGUCGAGUGCUUGCUUUAGACAUGAAAACCAUGCUUCCGAUCUACUCGCUUCAAAACCCCAUCCACCACGGAACGCCGACCACGUUCUGCUGCGAUCGAAAGCACAAUUGGCUCCUCAUCGGCACCACCCAUGGCAUCCUCGAUCUCUGGGACCUGCGCUUUCGGGUUCAGUUGAAGGCGUGGGGUCUCCCCGGAUCGACCACCAUCCAUCGACUCCAGGUCCACCCAACCAAAGGACGCGGGCGCUGGGUUUGCGUAUCAAGCAGUGGCAGCCAUGGCAACGAGAUCACUGUGUGGGAUAUCGAGAAGAUCCGCUGCCGCGAGGUAUACCGCGCAGAUUCACCCGGUGUCAGCACCGCGAACGGAAGCCCUCAAGCUGGCAACACCUCACCAAAGCUCGGAUGGUUGACCCUCAAAGAAUACGAAGCCUGGCAAGUCGAAGGCGACCGACCAGAGGGCAUGCUGAGCCGGUUUGCCAUCGACGGGCCCGGUUCCGCAGCCGUCGAGCAAGCCUCCAAGCCCACUCCGCCCGGUACACCCGCCGGCAUCUGCACCUUCGCCGUGGGAUUCGACUCCCCAGAGGACGGCAAGGACAACGGCACCCGGUGCGGCUUCAUCCUCUCCGGCGGAAGCGAUCGCAAAAUCCGCUUCUGGGACCUCGCCCGACCGGAACUCUCAUCCAUCGUCAGCGGCCUCGACGCCGUCACCGACGGCGUAGCGACCGGCCGACCCCGAUACGACGUCGAGCAGCCCGGCCCGUCCUUCGUCGUCACCACCGAGCAUCUCCCCAGCUCUGCCACCGCUGCCGCCACGACACCCACCCCCGGCGCCGGCGGCAAGGGGGGAGCCGCCAGUCGCAAGGCCGGCAGUGGCCGGUUACCGCGCAGCACGGUGAUCAGCCUGCAGCAACAGCAGUUGCUGAAGAGCCACCUCGACUUCAUCCAGGACAUUGCGGUGCUGCGAGCGCCGUACGGCAUGGUCGUCAGUGUCGACCGUGCGGGCAUGGUUUAUGUUUUUCAAUGA